AUGCUGUCCAAGGUUGUCUCUCUGCUGGCCGCUGCCGGUCUGGCCUCUGCCGCCGCCGUCGACAAGAGCCAAUGCAAGCCUUCUCAUACCACGACCGCCUGGGAGUCUCAGUACACUGCCACCGGCACUGCUGCUGUUGCCGCCGCCGCUGCCACGGCCAAGACCAGCAGCCCGACCAGCCACGUCAGGGGCAAGGCCUUUGAUCGCUACGUCGUCGUUUACUUUGAGAACCAGGACUUUAGCAAGGCCGAUGGUGACCCCAACUUCACCUUCUUUUCCAAGAAGGGUAUCAGAUUGACCAACUUCUUCGGUGUCACUCACCCUUCCCAGCCCAAUUACAUGGCCUCCAUUGCUGGUGACUACUUUGGCAUGGAGAAUGAUGACCUGUGGGCGCUCGACUUCAACGUGUCGACCGUCGUCGACCUGCUCGAGGACCGUGGCAUCUCUUGGGGCCACUACCAGGAGGACCAGCCCUACUCCGGCUACGAGGGCCUCAGCUACGUCAACACCAAGACCGGUGCCAACGACUACGUCCGCAAGCACAACCCGGCCAUCCUGGCCAACAGCGUCGCCCGCUCCGAGCAGCGUCUGUCCCAGAUCAAGAACCUGUCCAUGAUCGACACCAGCCGCUCCAUGUUCCACAAGGACCUCAAGGAGAACAAGCUGCCCCAGUGGAUGUUCAUCACCCCCAACAUGACCUCUGACGGCCACGACAGCAACGUCGCCGUUGCUGGCAAGUGGUGCCGUGCUUUCCUCGAGCCCCUCCUCAACGACAAGCACUUCAUGGACAACACUCUUGUUCUCCUCACCUGGGAUGAGAGCGAGACCUACUCCCAGCGCAACCGGAUUCUCGGAAUCCUGCUCGGUGACGCCGUCCCCAAGCACCUUGUUGGCACCAGCGACGACAACUUCUACAACCACUACAGUGAGAUUGCCACCGUCGAGGCCAACUGGGGCCUCCACACCCUGGGCCGCUGGGAUGUCGGCGCCAACGUCUUCGACUUUGUUGCCAAGCAGACUGGCGACCGCCUCCGCAAGUGGCCUUCCACCAAUGCCGCCAACAGCCACUACUGGAACGCCUCUUACGCCGGUAUCUUCAACGAGGAGGGCGAGGGCAACAAUGCCCAGUACCCUGCUCCCAACCUGUCUCUCGACCGCAGCUUCUCUGGCCGCACCAUCCUGCCCGCCAUCAAGAAGACGUGGGAGCACAGCAAGCUUCCCACCUACUACGCCGACACCAUUGAGCUCCCUGACGGCCUGAACCCCCCCAAGGGAUACAAGCCCGUCACCACUGACUACUAG